AUGCAGACCUUCCAGCACCUCGCGUGCCUCUACAUCAAGUACCUGCAGAUCUUCAAGCGGCUGGAGACGUGCUACGACUGCAUGGUGCACCCGCAGAAGCGGCUCGCGGUGCUCAAGGUCCUCGAGCUCGUCAUCCGGCGCGUGCUCGAGCUCAAGCACAGUCUCCCGGAGAAGGUCUUCCCCUGGGAGUACGUGAAUUUGGACGACAUCCUCGUGGACCUCAAGCUGCCGCCGGAGACGCUCGAGGUGCCCGUGCCGCGCUACUUCCGCGAGAACUCGCAGAGCGGCCGGCGCGUGCGCGACAAGAUCGUCUCGGGCUACAUGAAGGUGCGCCACGGCGUCGAGAGCCUGCCCCUCGAGGAGGAGGAAGUGUUGGAAACGGCGGUGAAGAUGGAGAUCUCCCAGUCCAUCGAGAUCAUCCAGCGGAACGAGCGCGGCCGCCAGGGCAAGCAGCGCGCGCUGCUCGUCAAGGAGCUGCGCGAGGAGGAGAAGCGGCGGCGGAACUACGACGCGGCGGCGCAGAUGGAGAUGGACCCGGAGAUCGCGGCCAUCUCCAUCCAGCGCCUCUUCCGCGGGUUCCUGAGCCGCGUGCGCGCGACGGCCGCGCGCGAGGAGGAGCUCGUCUUCAUCGGCAUGCGGCCGCCGAAGCACAACGUCCGCGGCGACUACGACCUGGCCUUCGAGCUGGAGACGGCCUACAAGAAGCGGAAGCAGGUCCAGGCGGACAACAAGGGCGCGUACGCGAAGGCGCUCGGCGAUUUGAAGGAGGUCGUCCGCGAGGAGGAGGGGCCCCACAUGCGCGCGGAGCUCCGGGGCGAGCGCACGGACUGGGUCACGCACAUGAUCGAAUCCACCAAAGAGAUCCCCGAGGACCUCGAGGGCUUCUACCCGGACAAGUUCCCCGAGGACGAGAAGAAGGAGGGCGAGGAGGGCGCCAAGGACCCCAAGGAGAAGGGCGACAAGAAGGAGAAGGGCGACAAGAAGGACAAGAAGGGCAAGAAGGGCAAGGGCAAGGGCAAGGACGCCAAGGACGAGGAGGUCAAGGAGGAGGAGCUGCCGCUGCUCCAGGGCCGCACGGAGCUCACGUCCGGCAUGAACGACGAGAUCAAGGUCUACGAGCAGGACUGGGAGGACCGCGACGAGUCCGACAACUUCGCCCAGAAGCACGACGUCGAGCUCGCGAAGCGCGCGAUCCGCGAGGAGGUCCGCGUCGAGAUUCGGGACCAGGUCGACGAGAUGCUCCGCAUGAACCUGAAGAAGAUCAAGAUGCAGCUCACGCGCACGGCGCCGAAAGCGGGCAAGAAGGACAAGGGCAAGAAGGACAAGAAGGGCAAGAAGGGCAAGAAGGACAAGAAGGGCGGCAAGAAGGGCAAGGCGCUGCCCGGCGAGAAGAUUGCGGACCUCAAGAACAUGUCCGUCGAGGAGAUGCUCGCGACGCUCAUCGAGUCCAAGGUCAUCAACGACUACCGCGACCGCCACAUCCACGAGCUCGUCGGCGACUUCAACUACCUCGGCACCGUGCAGCAGCACACGGAGUCGCAGCAGAACGAGUGGACGCCGCCGGACCCAUCCAUGGCCCAGCUCCGCGCGUCCAUCACGGAGUACUGCGUGCUGCCGCUCGGGUCCACGGCGCUCAAGUCGAAGCUCCAGGACGGCAACAACGUGAAGACGAUCCUCCUCUACGGGCCGUCUGGCUCCGGCAAGACGAUGAUGGCCGAGGCCGUCGCCAACGAGCUCGGCGCGCUCCUCAUCAACAUCUCGCCGGCGCGGCUCAAGGGCCACUUCGGGGGCAAGAACGGCGCGACGAAGCUCCUGCACAUGAUCUACGUCGUCUCGCGCGACCCCGCGUUCAGCCCCGUCGUCGUCUACAUGGACCAGUGCGACCAGUUCUUCGUCGGCGGCGGCAAGAAGGCCAAGACCGCGGAGAAGGACGGGCCCGCGCGCUACAAGAAGGACCUCAUGACCUACAAGUCCGCCUUCGUCAAGGAGGACCGCGUCAUCUUCAUCGGCACGACGUCGUCGCCGGAGAAGGGCGACUCCAAGGACAUGAAGAACUUCUUCGACAAGAUGCUCUACCUGCCCUACCCGGACUACCCGAGCCGCCUCAUGCUCUGGCGCAAGUGCAUCCAGGCCCAGCUCCUGCUCGCGGAGAAGUCCGCGCACCACGACAUCCCCGACGACUUCGACCUCAGCACGCUCGCGCACAUCUCCGAGGGCUUCUCCGCGGGCGCCAUCUGCCAGACCGUGAAGAAGACGCUGACGCACCGCCGCGUCGAGCGCCUCGACAAGCGGCCCCACAACGAGUCCGAGUUCCUCAACUCGCUCGCGCAGGAGGCCGCGAAGAACCAGCUCACCUACAAAAACGACCACGAGGUCUUCCGCGACUUCACGGCCAAGAUGACGGGCCUCGACGACGAGCGGCGGCGCGCCAAGGAGGAGCGCGACGGCGGCGACGGCGGCGGCGGCGGCAAGGAGGAGAAGAAGGGCAAGAAGGGCAAGAAGGGCAAGAAGUGA